AUGUGUUUUUUUCCGCAGUACACCAUCCUUUCUCCAUACCUCGCGAGGUACCCCCGAAGCGCUGGAGUCAUCUAUCAAACGUACAACGACCUACUCCUUGCACAGCAAUGGAGUGAGCUGGAAGUUGUGGAUCUCUCAUUUUGCCAACGUGUUGGAUUUAGAGGGGUGCGUCCGGAAAUGGACACACGUUCAUACGUAGUCCCGUGCUCGCUCGCGGAGGUUCUUUCGAUGUCUUGGAUGCAAUCUGCGUUCGAAGCGUUUGGAGAACCCCAAGAGCUGUACCUGGCCAUUACUUCAGACGACUCGUCCCUCGUGUACUACAAGCUGAGUCUAGGGAUGACGAAGCCCCCUGUGUGA